UCCCAGGUUGCCUUCAUAAAACGAGCACGAGGUUCUGCAACGAGCAGCAACAGGGUUUAUCGUAACUCUCAUAAAGCAGAAAAAUCAUCGGGCUCUCUGUCUGUCUCAGGCGAUAAUUUCCGGUAACCGACUUUGUAGCUGAUCAUUGGAGAUUUCUGUAAUCCCAGGCCACAGAAAUGGAUGGUAAUUCUCAAAAUACUGCGCCACCAGUCGAAGGUGUUGCUGGAGGAGGUACUGCUUAUGGCUGGAGCCAUGAUGGCUUACACACUUCAACUUCAAUUAAGGGAUCAAUUGACCCCAGUGAGGUUCCGUCCGCUGAUUUGGUGCAUGUGUGGUGCAUGCCAAGCACUGCAAACGUUGGGCCACAGGAAUUGCCAAGAGACUUGGAACCUAUAAAUCUUCUUGCAGCCAGAAAUGAAAGAGAAAGUGUUCAAAUUGCUCUACGUCCAAAAGUUUCUUGGGGUGGAUCUGGUAUUGCAGGGCUUGUGCAAGUUCAUUGUAAUGAUUUAUGCUCCACGAGUGGUGAUCGCUUGGUUGUUGGACAGGAGUUAACAAUGCGACGUGUAGUGCUCGUGUUAGGUGUUCCAGAUGCUCUUGUGCCCCUCGAUCUUCCAGUUAGCCAGUUAAGCCUACUUCCAGGAGAGACCACUGCAGUUUGGCUUUCCAUUAAUGUUCCGAGCACACAGGCCCCUGGUCAAUAUGAGGGGGAUGUCAUCAUUACUGCUAUAAAAACCGAUGCUGGAUCUCUAGCACAAUGCUUGAGCAAAGCCGAGAAGCAUAAACUUUACACAGAACUUAGGAGCUGUCUUGACAUUGUGGAGCCCAUUGAGGAAAAACCUUUGGAAGAAAUGGUAGAAAGAGUGAAAUCCGCCCGUACAUCUAUAAGAAGAGUUCUUCUGUCUCCCUCGUUUUCUGAAUUCUUUUCAGAUAAUGGCCAAGUUGAUAUGAUGGAUGAAGAUGCUAUUUCAAAUCUUUCAGUACGUGUGAAAUUACAUUUGACAGUUUGGGACUUCAUUAUUCCUGCAACUCCUUCUCUUCCUGCUGUUUUUGGUAUAUCUGAUACUGUGAUCGAGGAUCGUUUUGGUGUUGAACAUGGGACUGAUGAGUGGUAUGAAGCAUUGGAUCAGCAUUUCCAGUGGCUUCUUCAAUAUAGAAUUAGCCCAUAUUUCUGCAGAUGGGGAGAUAGUAUGCGUGUUUUGACAUACACCUGCCCUUGGCCAGCCAAUCAUCCAAAAUCAGAUGAAUAUUUUUCGGACCCACGACUUGUGGCAUAUGCUGUACCAUAUAGAGCAGUCUCUGGUAGUGAUGCUUCAAAGGAUUACUUGCAGAAGGAAAUUGAGAUAUUGAGGACAAAGACUCACUGGAAGAAAGCUUAUUUUUAUUUGUGGGAUGAGCCUCUAAACUUGGAACAAUAUAAUUCCAUUCGCACCAUGGCCAGUGAGAUUCACAGUUUUGCACCUGAUGCACGUGUCUUAACUACAUACUACUGUGGACCAAGUGAUGCACCUCUUGCACCGUCUGCUUUUGAUGCUUUUGUAAAAGUUCCAAGUUUUUUGCGCCCACAUACUCAAAUUUAUUGCACAAGUGAGUGGGUGCUUGGCAACCGAGAAGAUUUGGCAAAGGAUAUUAUUGCUGAAAUACAACCAGAAAAUGGUGAGGAGUGGUGGACAUAUGUUUGCCUGGGACCAUCCGAUCCGCAUCCCAAUUGGCACCUUGGAAUGCGAGGUACACAACACCGUGCUGUUUUCUGGCGUGUAUGGAAAGAAGGUGGUACGGGGUUCUUAUAUUGGGGUGCCAACUGCUAUGAGAAGGCAUCAGUUCCCAGUGCUGAGAUUAGAUUUAGGCGUGGCCUUCCCCCUGGAGAUGGAGUUUUGUUCUACCCUGGUGAGGUUUUUUCAUGUUCGCAUCAACCAGUUGCUUCAGUCAGACUAGAGCGCAUUCUCAGUGGCUUGCAGGACAUCGAGUACCUGAAGCUCUAUGCUUCUAGAUAUGGUAGGAAUGAAGCCACUGCUCUUUUGGAGAAGACAGGUUUGUACCUUGGUCCCGAGCGUUAUACACUGGAGCACAUGCCAGUCGACAUAAUGCGGGGUGAGAUCUUCACUGCAUGCCGAACGUGAGAGAUUACUUUUGCACACUUCAGGAAAGACGAAAGGUGUUUCACUUUUUGAAGGCAGGCAUGAAUUUACUCUUGAGGACAAGUUGUGAGAUACUCAAAGUAAACAUAUAACUAUAUCAGUUCCUCACUGAGUUCACUGUCUAAUUUUUAUUAGUUUCAUUCUAUUCA